AUGAGCUUUGCAGCGCCUGAAGAGCGUUACAACAACUACAACGCCUACCGCCCCCCCACCUCUUCCCACGGCGCGCCCCUCUCCCCCGACCAGCGUAUCCACUCCUCCCACGGCUACGCCAAACCGCCCACACACGAAUCCCCCAGUCAGGUAUAUCAAGAGCACCCGCUCGCCCCUGUUCCUUCUCACGGCUACCCACCUCAGAGUCAGCCCAUGACGCCCUUGACGUCGAAUUCGUACCCGCCCGCCGCCCAGGCUGGGUCGUACUAUACCAUCCCGGGCCAAGCCCAGGCUCAAGGCGAGGCCAUCCCGUCCCCACCGCCGAGCAGUGCGAAUCCGGUGAGGCCGGAUACUGCCAACAGCGGCAGUGGAGAGUUUGCGGCGCCUGCGGCGCCCACACAGACGACCGAGGGAGGGGUGCCGAUUGUUCCUGUUGGAGUGUCGGGCGGCAAGUUGUUUAGGUGUAGGGGUUAUGGAGAGUGUGAUAAGGUUUUCACGAGGAGUGAGCAUCUUGCUAGGCAUGUUCGCAAACAUACGGGCGAACGACCAUUCCCAUGCCAUUGCGGUAAAGCCUUUUCCCGUCUCGACAACCUGCGCCAACACGCCGCUACUGUCCACUCCGAGCAGACUGGCUUGAACGAGACGAUGCUCGCCUCCCUCGGGCCCAUACACGCCGCCCUCUCCCAGCGGGCGAGCAAAGACCAGCGCAGAAGGGGCGAGGUCGUCGAAGUACCCAAGAAUGCCGUCGAGCGAAGACAGAGCGAGUACCGUACCCGCGGUGGCAGCGCGUCCUCCUCCCAGCCGAAUGCGGCGCAGGGUACCGCUCCUCCGAGCCAGACCAACUCGCCUUACACGGCUUAUCACGACCCCCAAUGGGCCUCGCAGCCCCAUAGCCGACCGAGGACUUCUGGGGGCUAUGAUUACCCGUAUGCUGCGCCAGACCAUCAGCAGAGUUUGGGCGAAGACGCAGGACCGUCGAGGAGGCCCGGGUCUGCGGCGGGGUAUGGCUACCAACAAGAUUUCUACGCCGGCGCCAACGGUCGUUCCGGGUCUGCUGCAGGCCCACCCCCAGGCGAGAUGGGUAGCCUGCCAUACCCUUACCGACCCAUGUCUUCCCAAGGCCGCGACCUGCCCGUGCCCACGCACUAUGCCGAAUCCGAACCCCCCGCCUCGGCACAUGGUCCCCCUGAAUCACCCAUGUACGCCAACGUGCCCAAUCCUCAACAACCCGCCUGGUCUUCCCCGCCUACGAACCACUCGGCUUAUCCGCCUCAUGAUGCUGCGGCGUACCCGGCUCCCGAGGGGUACACUUAUAGCCAGGGGCACGGGGCGUACCCCCCGAGGGAGGAGGUGUAUGAGUACCCGCCCCAGUCGGCUGCCGGCUGGCAGGGGGGGUAUCCCCCGUCUCAUGGGAGUUACCCUCAAGGAUACAACGGCGCGCCCCAACCCGACUCUCCAUUCCAGUACAACAUCGGUCAUCCCGGUGCGCCCGGAGCUCCCGGAGCAGCUGCUGGCGCGCCUCCGGCAGGGGCAGAGGGGUACUCGUACAGCAGUGGAGGGUACGACCGUAAACGCCGGGCGGAGGAUGAUGGCGAUCACGCGCGUAAACACGCGAGACACGCGUCGGGCGGGCAAGGGACGGCGGCGGGGAACGCUUCUGCCGUCAGCCUUAAUGCUGCUUUGGAAGCUUCCACCGGCCCUGGUGCGCCGGGCGCGCCCGGUGUUGGGAGGGGCGGAGCAGGGGGAAUUGAUUCGUGGUUGCCGCCGACGACGGAGAGGAGGGGCAGUUUGGCUAUUAGUGCGUUGUUGGGGAGCCCGAAGACUGUGGCGGAGCUUGAUGGUGCUGGACUUGGAGCUGGUGAGAGGGGGUCGCCCAAGGAAGUGGAUGGGAAGGAGGGUGAGAAGAAUUAA